UGCGUUUAAAAAAUGUCUUCCAGAAACCAUAAGUGCUAUAAAGUGACACCUGCCGAUUCAAUUGCGGAUUUUCCCGCCUAACUUGGUGAUUUGCUAAACCAGCAGCUGACGAAUCUAUUUCGCGAUGUCUACCCCCGUUUCCCAGGCUAACUCCAGGAUGGAGCUGAUCUCGGAGGAAGACGACAAAUCUAAAAGACGACAUUUAAGGUCUAGAUCCAGUCACCAUUGUCGCAGAGGAGUAAAACACCAUUCCUCGCAUUGUAAAAAACACAGCAAGAGCUCUGAUGAAACAUCACAUAAUAAGAGUAAGGAAGAUGACAAAUUCUAUAUUCAACCCAAGUCCGAGACUCCUCAGAUGGACCCGGAGAGUCUCUUGAAGGCUGAGGACCGGAGAACGGUGGAAAAGGCUCCAGAAACUUCUGAGGUACAAAUAUUUCCCUCCUUUAAACUUCAAGAUCGUAUCCAAAGGUUUGAACCUGGUUCAAAGGUAGCUGAAGAAGAGCAUUACAAGAAGCCAGAUAUGAGAUUAAAGCACGCCAUGAAACAAGGGCAACCACUAGUCCCUACAGCUGAUCUGGACAAGAGACCAAACUAUGUAAAUAGCGCUAAGAGAGCUCUGAUGAGUUCUGCUCGAGGACUACGAAACAUCCAAGGAACACUGGCUAGUCUAUCAAGCCUGUAUGUCAAUGAUAUGUUUGAUGAUGAGGCCCCGUGUCAGGUUGAUGGAUGUCCCCUCAAUCCUAAAACUAGAUAUAUUUCACCGAAAGGGGAUGAACCUCUUUUCAGUCGAUCUUCGUCCUCAUCCAACUCAUCCUUAGAGGUUCGAAAGACGAGUUCCCUGGCUACCCGGAAGUGGUGUAUCUGUAUCAGUGCUGCUAUCCUCCUAGUUGGAAUAUUUGCUUCCGCUGGAAUAUAUUUCGGAUAUACAUAUCUGAAGACGCAUGAGCCCAUUACUGAGAGAGUAUACAGGGGCAAAUUCAGGAUGAUGACAGACGAGGGUUGGGUUCCAGAUCCAGGAUCAGUUUUCCACACUCAGAAGGCUGAACAGUUCAGAGGGUACAUACAUCAACUGUUAAGUAACAGUGCCCUUGCAACGCAAUAUAAGUAUGCUGAAGUAUUCCUGCUUGAAUCUGACCCUGCUGGUCUGCUGGUCUAUGCUGAAGUAUUCCUGCUUGAAUCUGACCCUGCUGGUCUGCUGGUCAACUUUAACCUUCACUUUCAGUCAGACGCAAAACAAAGGGUUUUUGCCAAGGAAGUACAAACUGUUCUUGAGUCUCAAAUAAAGACUUCCGGUUUACUUCCUCAGCUUGAUCUCACUUCUCUUGAUAUACAAGAACGCGAGUACAGUGACAAGAAAAUAUACACGUUUAAGACAAUCCCGAAACCUAAACUGGUUUUAGAUCUUAUUGGUAAACGUGAAUGCUCUGUACUGCAGCCAGGGUACUGCUCCCAGCUCCCGUACAAUAUUACUACUUUACCCAAUAUACUGGGACACACACAUUCACACCAGGUUCAAGCAGCACUCUCAUCUAUCAUGAGUAUAGUAGAGUCUAGCUGUUACCCCCUGAGCUAUGAGCUCAUGUGUCAAUUUGUCCAACCGGUUUGCUACAAAGAGAGAAUCGUGCCGCCCUGCCAGGCCUUCUGUCAGGAGUUUGUUGAAAGCUGUGAUCAUAUUCUUCCUGGAGAUAUCCUUGAAUCAUUAAACUGUAAUCUUCUACUGCAGGAGUUUGUUGAAAGCUGUGAUCAUGUUCUUCCUGGAGAUAUCCUUGACUCAUUAAACUGUAAUCUUCUACUGCAAGAGUUUGUUGAAAGCUGUGAUCAUAUUCUUCUUGGAGAUAUCCUUGACUCUUUAAACUGUAAUCUUCUACUGCAGGAGUUUGUUGAAAGCUGUGAUCAUAUUCUUCCUGGAGAUAUCCUUGACUCAUUAAACUGUAAUCUUCUACUGCAGGAGUUUUUUGAAAGCUGUGAUCAUGUUCUUCCUGGAGAUAUCCUUGAAUCAUUAAACUGUAAUCUUCUACUGCAGGAGUUUUUUGAAAGCUGUGAUCAUGUUCUUCCUGGAGAUAUCCUUGGCUUAUUAAGCUGUAAUCUUCUACUGCAGGAGUUUGUUGAAAGCUGUGAUCAUAUUCUUCCUGGAGGUAUCCUUGAAUCAUUAAACUGUAAUCUUCUACUGCAGGAGUUUGUUGAAAGCUGUGAUCAUGUUCUUCCUGGAGAUAUCCUUGACUCAUUAAACUGUAAUCUUCUACUGCAAGAGUUUGUUGAAAGCUGUGAUCAUAUUCUUCUUGGAGAUAUCCUUGACUCUUUAAACUGUAAUCUUCUACUGCAGGAGUUUGUUGAGAGCUGUGAUCAUAUUCUUCCUGGAGAUAUCCUUGACUCAUUAAACUGUAAUCUUCUUCCAACAGAAGCUGAUGGACCUGGAGCAUGUAUAUCCAAACCAGGUUGUGUGAAUAAUCUCCGAUCAUCUGGAAGAAGUGAUCGAGUGUGUGAUGGUGUGGUGGACUGUCCAGAUUUUUCAGUAUCCUUGGCGCCUCGCAUUUCUGCUGGAAGCUAUAUUCAUCAUUAUCAUAACAAUGGUUAUGUACUCUACCAGCAAGAGGGUAAGGCAGGGAAGGUUUGUGCUGAAAGCUUAAAUGAAACUGAUCCUCAGCAAGCAGAAACUAUUCUCAGGAACCUUGGUAGCUCAAUCUGUCAGGCUCUAGAAUAUGAAUCUGUAGAAGGUAUAGCUGUAGGACGGGAUGAAGAGGUAGAAGAUGUUCAGUACGUUGAUAUCUCCAGUCUUCAAACUCAAGGAUUUAACACUGUACCUUGUCAGAGCAAGACGGUAUUGCGGCUCGAAUGCCGCAAUCUUGAAUGUGGAAGACGAUCUCAAGAUGGAAGAAAUAAUUCAGACCCAGUUGUUCAUGGAGACUGGCCUUGGCAGGUUGCCCUGCUACGUGAAGGGGUUCAUGUAUGUGAUGGAACUCUAAUAGAAAACCAAUGGGUGAUGUCAACGGCCUCUUGUUUCCAAGGGCAAAGCAAAGCUAAAUGGCAGGCAUCAGUUGGUUCAGUCAGGUUAUCAAGCAGAGCACCCUGGGAGCAAAAUAGACGAAUAGUUGGAAUGGUUAAAAGUCCUGUCGAAGGGAAUGAUAUUGUAAUUCUUAAACUAGAAGAACCAAUAGUAUUCUCAGAUUUUGCACGGCCGAUUUGUCUGCCAUCUAGCGACGAAUGGACGAAAGAUCCCGAAACUGAAUGCUACAGCUUGGGCUGGGAUUCUAAGGAUGAUAUCAUGCGACCUGUAGAUCUAACUAGAGUUGGAUUGGAGAAAUGUGAAGACCAUUCAGAGGUUAGCGUGAACAGCCUGUGUACUGAAAGCUCAGAUGAAUGUCAGGGAGAUAUUGUAGCAGGGGCUGGACUUGUUUGUCAGUCUGGAGGGGAGUGGCACCUAGUAGGCGUGUCUAGCUGGAGGAGAGGGUGUGGCAAGGUUGGGGGUAGACCUCGUCUUUAUGAUAAAGUCAGCAUCACUACAGAAUGGGCGGCCAGAGUCAUUUCGGAGAUUGAAGAGGGAGGGUCGCCGCCGAUAAACUCUCGAGUGCCCAGAAGAAGAUUGGGCUGAACAUUGAAUAUUCCUUAGAAAAAUACUUUCUUAAAAUUGUUUUCUCAAAAAAAU